AUGGGGAAAUAUGAAAUCAAGAUGAAAUCUAACACUUUUAAAGACACCAAUAUAUCCAGUAUACUUAAAUACAUAAGAUGCAAAAAGAAUGGAAGCAAAAAUAAGACUGUUCUUAUUUUUUAUCUAUGCAACGCGCUUGAGGAGAGACAUAUAAAGCACGGGAAGGAUGUGUUGGUUUUAUACCUGAGCUUACUACCACUUUUUGAAGAUAAUUUGAUAAACAUCUUUAAGAAAAAAGUUAUUGCAAGCAGAAGAGGAAAAUACUACUAUGAGGAGAAUAAGGAAAUAGAUAUACAAUAUAGCAUUAAAUUAAGCAAGCUACAAUUAUAUCUGAGUUACAUAAUUUUGCAUAUGUCCUAUUUUGUGUCGUUAAAUAGGAAUAUAAAAAAAAAUAAUUCAAUAAAACUUUUUUUAUAUUAUGUACAUAUACUAACAUUUAUAAAUUUGCAAAAGUAUAUAUGUUUAAAUGAACAAAGUAAUAUAUAUGAAAAAUUAUUUUAUUUGUGUUAUAUAAAUAUGCUAAUAUCAUUUCUUAUUAAUAUAUACAAAUUUAAAUUAUAUGAAAUUUUAAGUGAAAAAAAAUUUUAUACCGUUUCAAAGUAUAUAUUUCUGAUUAUUAAUUUGUUUACGCAUAUAAAGAAAAAUAGAAAUAGUGAGAAAUUAUUUAUUUGUUUUUAUGAUUAUGUAUAUAAUGUGAUAAAUGUUUUACUAGACAAAUAUGGAAUAUAUCUGAAAAAACAAAAUGGUAACACGCAUGACAAGGAGAUACUAGUUACUUAUUACAAAAAUUUUCUCAUAUUUCUAUACAACUAUAUUAGAAAAUUAAAAAUUUUAAAGUACUCAGAAAAGUACCUCCUAAAUAACAGUAAGAAUGUCGUUUAUAAUUUAUCUUUGUUAACUAUAGUGAAGAACACAGUAGACAUACAUUUCUUACGUGAUAUGUGUGAAAUGAAGUGUGGACAAGUGAUUGCUUUCACAUUGCAAAGGGGCACAAGUAAGAAAAAGGAAGUUACUCCAAAUGGAAAUGUGUUAAUGGGGGAGGAAGACGCUGCCAGGAGUGUCCACAACAGAGCCAACAACAGAUCCUAUAAAAGAACCCAUAGCAGAACCUAUAACAGUAUCGAUAAUAAAGCUACAAGGGAGGUGAGAAGCGGAGAGAACUUGCGCGUGUGCGUGGGGUACGAAACGGUAAACAGCAUAGUGUUGUUAAAGAUACUGAAGUUAUUCGAAAUUCUACAUAUGAGGAAGAACAGAGUUUAUUUGAGUAUAUAUAUAUACAAUCUCGUUAACAAAAUAACAAAUCAAACAUUACAAGAGUUAUAUUAUGUUGUGAGGAAAAAUAAACAGACGGAAGAAAACCAUCUAUACUAUAAUAGACUGUUAUAUUUGUUUGAAUAUUAUUUUAAUAUUCUUUUUUUUUAUAUAACAACAAGCCCAAAUGAACGGGAAAAAAAUAGAGCAAUAUACCAUAACAACAGCUACUGUUUGUACUUAAUUCAAAGCUCCAUAUAUUUUAUAUAUGAAAUAUACAUGCUACUGAUAGUAUUACUGUCUACGGUUCGUGGCUUUAAUGUCCUCCUUCAUUCUAAUAGUACUAGUACUGAUAAUCCCAGCAGAAGAAGUAAUAAUUUUGAUUUUGUACAUAAAAUGCUAUUUUUGGAGAGAUCCGAAAAUAUUGUACGUAUGAAUAACAUUACUAGCUUAAUAUGUGAUUGUGUUUUUGUUAAUUCGUCAUUUUAUACUCUUACAUUUUUGGAAAUUGUAUAUAAAAAUAAUGAAAAACUAAAUUUUUUUUUAAAACAUAAAUUGCAUACAUAUAUUAUGAAGGGGGAAGAAGUGACUGUUAUUAUUAAUAAGAAAAAUACUUAUAUGAAGAAGGAAUGUACAAAUAUGUUAACAUCACAUGAACAGAGGGAGCAACACAAUCAUGAUGAGACUACCAUAUUAGUGAUACAAGAUCAUCAUUUUAAUAUGUUGAAUAUGAAUAGGACCAAUUUGUUUUGGGAUGCGCAUACAGGUUUAUACACAUGCGUAAAUAGUUUUGUUAAAUUAAAUUUUAUUUUUUGGAAAAAUGAUGAUAGUGGCAGUUGCGUAUAUCCGGAAAGUAACGAUAUAAGAGGUACAACUUACCGGAAUGAUUCUGUUGAGGAUAGUGGCAAUAUGUACCGUCGGAAAGACGAAAAUGCACUCUAUAGAGGGGGGAGAAAAAAAAGAUCUUGUGAAUAUGCUCCAAAGGGGAUUGGAAGUUUCGAAAAAAAGGAAAAUGAAACAGACAUAAUACAUUCAAAUGUAAUGAGAAGCAAGAUGACAAAUGACGAUCGAUGGGAAGGACAAAAUUUGAAUAGACCACAAAAUGAUAAAAUAAUUGUUGAUAAAGGAAAAUACCGAAGAAAUGAGAGGAAAUUGAAUGGGGAAAAUUACAUAGACAUUUAUUUCCCGUUUUUAUUGAAUGUUUUUUUAUCAUCACUUUUAAGAAAAAAAAAGAAAAAAAAAAAGAGUACUCAGUAUAAUAAUAUAGAAUGUAAUUGUAAGAAUUAUUUAGAUAUAUACAUAAAUAAGAUGCACUAUUACUGUAAUAAUAUAUUUAAUUGUAAAGCCAUUUUUGUUAGUAAUUUUAGUUCAUUUGUAAAGAACAGUUUUAGGAAAAGGAGAAGCAACAAUUGGAUCGAUAAUAUCACAUCAUUUAAUGGUAUGUUCAGCUUUUAUAAUAAUAAAAUAAGGAAUGAGAAAAAUAAAUUAUUUUUUAAAAACAAAACAUUUCUCAUUAGAAGUAUGGAAAAGAAACAUAGUUACUCCAAAUACACCUUUUUAAAAAAAAUGCUAAAUUAUAAAAGCUGUUAUUUUGACAAUGAAAAAUAUUAUUUUAAUUUUUUAUUUAAUAUAAAAUUUUUGCACAAUUUAAAUGAUACUAUGAACGAAUAUUUUUUAUUAAAAAAAAACAAGAUAAACAGAAAGGCUAUUUUUAGUCUUCCCUUAAACAUAAAAGAGAAAAUAAAAAGAAUGAAACCGAUACCAUUUGAUGAUUAUAGUCAUAACCAUCUACCAAUGACCAACUUUUCGAUGCUUUCCCUUGACCAUAUUGAAGAAAGGAGGAAAUUAAGUAAAAGUAAAUUAAUAAUAAGUGACAUUUUGUCCCAAGAGUGGAAAUAUGAAACACGGAAGAGAAAGAAGAAUGAUGAGAAAUACCUACUGUACUUUCUUUUUGUUAAUUAUAAUUAUUGUAUUUUUAAUUAUGAAAAGAAUGACAAUCUGGAGUAUUUUCUAUUGAGAAUAUUAAGGUGCUUUGAAAUUAUAAUGCCUUAUGUAAAUAUAUAUAAAUACAUAUGCUCUUUUUUGAUGUUCCUAACAUCUCUACUGGAAAGGAAGCCGUUAGCUGACUUAGAUGUAUUCAUCAUUAAUAGAAGCGUGAGGGCGCAGAAGGAGGUGCACGGGUGCACGCUUUGCACGUCGUUAGACGAGGCGGAGGAAAAAGUGGUAGAGGAAGUGGUGGAAAAAGUUGCAGAAGAAAUGGUGGAAGAAGCAGCUGACGAAAUGGCAGCGCAUGAUAUGGGUGGAGGAAAGUCCGUAAAAUGGUCAGAAGGCAUGAGGGAAAUUAUGUCCAGCCGUAGUAUGGGAAAGCGAAGAGGCGUUACACAAAGUAAGGAAAAGCGUUGGAGGGGUUACAAUCGCAGUGAGUGUACUUUUAAUAAAGUCCAAUUUAGCAAAAUCAUGGUGAAUGGUAUAGAAAAGGAAUAUAGAUAUGUAGAGCGAAACGUUUUGAAAAAUAUGGAAAGGAUGAAGGAAGAUAACUGUUAUUGUAUAUUUUAUAAAAGUAACUACAAAAUAAUAUGGAAUAUUAUGAUAGGAAUAAUUGAUAAGAUAAAAAUAUAUUUAUUUAGUAAUACAUUUCAUUAUCUUUAUAAGGAUAAGAGAAAGUAUCAUAAAUACCUUAGUACACUGUCAUUGCAUUUUUAUAGGUUAUAUUUCACAUUAGCAUAUUACGAAAUUUAUAAGGGUAGUUACUGGAAUAAUUAUGAUUAUUCUACUAGUACUAGAAAAGAAAUACAAGAAAUCAAAAAUAAAAUUAUAGAAAUUACACCAAUACUGAGUGUUAGAUAUUUAAACAUAUAUAAUAUUAGCAAUAUUUGUAAAGUUGAUAUUUUAAAAAGUAUUAAAGAAAAUAAUUUGUUAAAAAAUGAUAAGGUAAAUAUAAAUUGUUCGGAUAUAAACAAAUUGUAUCUAUUUAUAAUAUACUACAUAGAAUGCAAUAGAAAAAAAGAAGACAUAUUAUAUAGCCUGUACUUUUUGAUUGAUAAAUAUAUAUUUGGAAAUAAGGUUUUACAUAAAAAUGUGAAGAAACUAAUUAAUUAUAAAAUAUUUGUUUUUUUAAAUGAUAUGAAUAAUUUCCAUGAUUACAAUUUUACCUAUGCUACUUUCUUUUUACUUAUGAAUAUAAUGAAUUAUAAUAAAAUGAUAAGGAACUACAUAUAUUACAUCUUUGAUCAAAUAUUUAAAUUGAAACUAAAUACCCUAUUUGAUAGUAAGUUUCUUACAUGCUUUUUAAAAAAUUUAGAAAAAAGUAGUCAAGAUUAUGCUUUUUCAAAAAUGAUUCAUGAAGAAAAAAAAAUUUUUAAAAAUAGUAUAGAUAAGAAAAAAAAUAAUAUGAUCAAAAUAAUUUAUAAAGUAAAUUUAUAUAUAACUAUAAAUUAUUUGUUAUUUUUAAAAAUGCAAAAUUGUUGCAAAUUUUUUUUAAAUUUAUAUUCAUAUUUUUACUAUGAAUUUUACAUAUUUUGUGUUAAGAAAUAUACCAAGAAGUAUAAUGGUUAUCAUUACAACCGCCGUAUGUGGGAUUGGAGUAAGUCUAAUCGAAUGGACUCUAAUGUUAAAAACAGAACAAAAUUAUCUAGUCGGAGAAAUUCUAUGUGUUCUAACGUAAACCAUGUAGGGCACUUGAGAAGAGGACAGUCCUCUCAUUAUCAUGAACGUUGUUAUAAACGAAGUGCAUUUGACAGGAAUAGAAGUCCUAGUUGUCAUCAUUUCAUGGCGCAUGACCCCAUAGAUAGUGAAGAGGAAGAGUAUAACUUAAAUUCGAAGGAAUUACUUGAUGGUAUAGUUGAUAGCAAAGGAUAUAUUAUGGUAAAUAUGAGUGAAGUUUUCUUAGAGAGCAAUGAACUGAUAAGCGACGAGGGUUUGAACAAAGAAAACAACACUGAAGAGUAUAUUUGUAAUAGUAAUAUACGUUUAUCAGAUACAAUUGGGCAAACACAUCUUUUCGAUAAAGAUAAAUAUGUCAGAAGGGAAAAGCAUCAGAGCGUAGUAAAUAAUGCAGAGAGGAAAUAUAAGAGGGCGUAUGAGAACCUACCCAAAGGUGUAAAAAUUUCAAAGCAUAUGGUCACUUAUUUGAAAAGUAAUUACGGUAAUAAUAGAAUGAAGAGCUUUCGUAAAAAGUAUUACACUAGUAGCAUUGUUGAAAAUUAUCAAAAUUAUAACAUCACUUUGGCUGCGUUAAACACAACGAACACUCUUUUUAACCGUAGAAGAAUAAUAAGGGGCAGAAGGAAAAUGAGAAAAAAACAAAAAAAAAAUUCCUUUUUUUUCGAGUCCCACAAGGAUUUCAAUGAAUUUUUUGAUAGUCAGGAAAAUGAAGCAUAUGGAACAGAUGGCGCAGACGGUGCAAAUGGGAUAGAUAGCAUUAAUGGAAUAAAUUACACAAAUGAUGAAAAUGGAGCCAAGUUAGCGAAUAAUGUAAAUAGCGGAAAAAGGGUAAAUGUCACUAAUGCCACAAAUGGUAGUAAUGAUACCAUCGAUGAUGAUGUAAACUACUUCAAAAUAUUGAAAAAAGUAAAGGGAAAUAACACGUAUAUAUAUAACCUAUAUGACAUAAAAAUAAACAAACGCGUUUUAUACAAUGAGAAGCAUUUUAAGGAAUACUUGAACGUUAUUAAUUUUGUAAUGUGCAUUUUUCUAGCUACGAAUAUAAAUAAUUUAAAUAUGAGCAUGUUAAAUAAUUAUUAUAUAUACAUUAUCUCAAAAAUAAUAAAAAAGAAUUUCAAAUUUUAUUUUUUCUUUUUCUAUUAUAAUAUAUUUAAAAAGAACAAUAAAAGAUAUAAAAAUAUAUACAACAUAAAUUUCGACAUCAUUUUAAAUAGUUCCUUUAGAAACAACCUAGGUGUUUCGAAAAUAAGUAUUAAGAAUAAAUAUAUAUGUGUUCUGUAUACACUCUCGUGUAUUUUGACUGUAUAUAAUUACAAGUAUGCCUUUUUCAAUUAUUACUUCUUUUACUUUUACAAAUUUGUGAAGCUUCUGGCAAAGCUUUCGGUGAAGAGUAUAUUUGUGUCGAAUUUUCUCAUUGACAAGUUAGGAAAUGAAGCGAAAGGGAGAGCGAUGAAAGGAAAGGUGGGAAAACAAGCGGAGGACUUGGAUGAAGCAGAGGGAGUGACAGAGAAGGAGACGACAUAUUUUGUGGAUAAAGGAAGAAAUCAUUACGACUUAUACUACAUAGAUGGUUCAUCUAAUCGAGUGAGUGAAAGUGUAAUUGACUAUGGGUUUAGAAGCAACAUCAUUUUUAAUGAUCAUUUUGAGGGGGCAAGAAAAUGUGGGGAAGGGGAAAAUGUGAAUCCUAAUGGUAGAAGUGCGUAUUUUAGCCAUAUGAGAAGAGAAGAUGGAAAGGGUGGAAUGAAUGGAAAGGACCGAAAGGAUGGACAAUUAGCAAAGGAUCUGAAGGAUGGUAAAUCCUCAGCUGAUAACUCGUUUACGCAGAGGAGUGCUCAUCGUGGUGAACUCCGUUAUCCUUUAAAGAAAAAAUACUCAAAGAAAGUUAAAGCAGAAAUGGGUGUAAAGUCCAUUUUUAGCAAAGAAGAAAGAAUAUUUAUUGCAAGUGAUAUCAUGAUGAUUAGGAGUUAUGUAAAUGAUUAUAUAAGAAUGGACUUGUAUGUUAUGUAUAAUAACUUACAACAUAACAAUGUCUCUAACAAGAGUAUACUGGAUAAAUAUAUAACACUUAUUAAUAAUACGUUGUUAUUAUUUGUAUUUGUAAACCACUUGAUAUUAAUGUAUGGAAAUAUUAAUAUAAAGAAGAAAAAAAUUAUUAAGUACAAAAUAAAAUGGCUGCAAAAUUAUAAUUAUUAUUUAAUGAGAAAAAUUGUGGACAUUUAUAUUUUAAAUAUACCUUAUUUGUGCAAUUACUUAGUUGUUACAUUAGAAUUUUUUUUUGUUUUUAGUAAUUCGUUUUUAAGUCUAAAUUACGGGAAUUUUUUUUUAAAGAAGGAUAUAAAAUUUUUUUUUAAAAAUUGUUAUAUAUAUUAUUUAAUGAAUACAUUUAAUAAGAUACAAAAUUUGAAAACAUUUUACCAUUUAAAUCAUUAUAAAAAUUAUAAUUUGUAUUUUCAUAAUUAUAAGAAGUUUAGACAUAAGCAAUUUAGUCCAUAUUUUAAGAAGAGCACUUUGGACUAUGAUAAAGGACAUAGAGAAGAUUUACAGAAGCGUAUGGAUUAUUCAAACCCGCUUCAUGUGUGUACUAGUACAUAUAGUAAUUAUUAUGAAAUGAACUCACUGAAUAACAGUGUAAUUGAUGAUGAGUCAGAAGACAGCAUAAGUGAUUAUGAUGAUUAUAUAUUUAAAGACGCUUUUAAAGACUUGAAAGAAAUAUUUAAAAGGAAAACAAAAAAUUAUUUGAUAAACAAUUUUGGUAGGAAUAUGAAAAACAUAUUUUACCUCUUUGAUUGUUUUAAUGAUAUAUCAAGUAUUACCCUUUUUUUAAAUCUGUAUAUACAUGGAUAUACGAAAAUAAAGGAUGCUUAUGAUGUUCUACCUGUUCAGAGCAUAAAUAAUGCUUAUCUGUAUAACUUUAGGUUAUUAAAACUUGAUUAUCAUUUUGUAUGUAUUUUAUUUUUAAGCUUAAUUCGAAUUUUUAAUUACACAUCUAGUGUUUUUCACGCAUAUAGCUACUUCGUCCAGUUGUACUCCAAAUAUAAAUACAAUUACUUCCUCUAUUCAGAUAGAUCAUAUUCCUUUUUUACCUUUUACAAUGUGUACCUUUUUUUUAUUUCCAAGAAUAAAUUGAAAAACGAAAAUUUAGUUAGUAUAAACAAUCAUGUAAGUAGUUUAUGUAUGAGCGAUAUUUAUGAUUAUAAUAAAUUAUUACUACAGAAAAGUUUCAUAUUCUUAUCUUUUUUUUUCCAUAAUUUUAAUAACAUUCUACCUGAUAUCUAUUGCAUAAACUGCUCCAAUAAAUACUCCAUUGUAACGCAUGACAAAAACGUGUUUCCCCCAGACCUAACACAGGUUUGUGCAAAGGAGGGAAGGCUAAAAGGAAAGGGAGAAGAAAUAGGAAAAGAAAGUGGAGGAGAAGAAGGAACAGAACGUAUGGAUUGUAUGAAUAACGCUACUAUUAGAGAAGCAAAUUACAGCAUAACAAGGGGGAAAAUGAAAAAGUAUUAUAAAGAAAUAACUCAUGAUAAGAACAAGUUAUGUGUAGCUUACAGAUCUUAUGCGGAUAAGGACAAGCAGGAGGGCUUCACCAAUGGUAUAAAUAAGGACAGAGAAGACAAAGAUUAUCAUAAAAUAUUUUUCAAAAAUUAUGGUGAAGAAUUUAUUAACAGCGGAAACGAGAGAAGCAAUGCUGAGAUUCAGGAUCAACGGGUGGAAGAAGGAGAGAAAGAAAAGCAUAUAUUGAAUCACUGUGCAAAAAUACGAAUGGGAGGGAAAGAGGAGGCCUGGUUUGAUGAUAAUCAUAUGCCGCGUAGUGACAAUGACAAAUGGGAUUAUAUAAAUUAUGACGAAGUAAUAAAAAGGAAUGAUAAGGAAUUACUAGAGCAAAAUAAGGCAAACGAUGGGGAUAUGAAUGGGAAGGUGGAAGAGAAAGCAGAAGAGCAGAAGAACAGCAUCUUUCGCAAAUACAGGGACAAUUUUUUUUCCAUUUUUAAGAGUAAAAUUAGUGAUCAGGAUAGUAAAAAAGAGGAGGAGAAGAAGCAGCAGGAGCAGCAUCAUAGCAUGACUGUUAUGACGAUGCAAGGAAAGGGAAAAAACAUCAUUCCAACCGAAUAUGGCAAAGGUGCGCGGAAUGUGAAUAAGUUGAAGCAAUCUUCUGUCAAUCAAAACGAUUAUAGUGGAAGGAAGUUACGAAAAGGACAUAGUUCAAGUAAGGAGGACAUAUCAAACUGCAAUAUAGAUAGAAAGAAAAGCAUAGAAAAUGAAUACGACUCAGAUUAUUUUAGCUCUCAAAAAAAUACGAAGAACGAUCUGAUAAUAUUAAGCGCUUACAAGUAUAUGUUAAGAUAUCAGAAGAGGAACAAAAAGAGUGUGUAUGAUUACAACUUAAAGGAACAACUGCGUUGUAUGUGUAUAAACAAAUAUAUAUAUAUUUGUAAUUUAAUAUACAAUGCACUUGUAUAUAUAUUAGAAUUAAAAUAUAAGUAUAAAUACAUGAAAAAAAAAUUUCAUCUAUUUUCAUAUAAUACAUUUAAAAAGAAAAAAGAGUUUAAUUCGGUUAGUACUUAUAAUGACCAAAAUUAUAUUAUUCUUAAUACGAAACAUUUGCUUAACUAUGACUUUAUUAUUUUAAGUAUUUUACAUUUGACGGAAAGUAUAUAUAUUAAUUUAUAUAAAUGCAAAUUAUUUACCGAUAUGUGCAUUUUUAAUAAUAUAAAAUAUGUCUGUUUGGAAAAUAAAGGAACAAAAAAGAAUAGUAAUGAUAGUUAUAAAAAUAUUAACAUCAAUGUGACCAACAAGAAUUUGCAAUGUAACUCGUUUUUUAAUUACAAAAAUUAUUUAAAUAAUAAUAUCGACCAUGAGGAUUACGACGAGGAUGACGAUGAUGGUGAUAACGAUGAUGGUGAUAACGAUGAUGGUGAUAACGAUGUUGAUGAUAACGAUAUUGAUGAUAACGAUGAUGGUGAUAACGAUGAUGGUGAUAACGAUGAUGGUGAUAACGAUGAUGGUGAUAACGAUGAUAGUGAUAACGAUGUUGAUGAUAACGAUAUUGAUGAUAACGAUGUUGAUGAUAACGAUGUUGAUGAUAACGAUGUUGAUGAUAACGAUGUUGAUGAUAACGAUGUUGAUGAUAACGAUGUUGAUGAUAACGAUGUUGAUGAUAACGAUGUUGAUGAUGGUGACGAUUACAAUGUGUACAAUUCGGACGAUUUCUCCUGUGGUGGAAGCAUGUAUAAUAGUAACUCUCAUAGCAUGCAUACUGUUCAUUAUGCAGGUGAGAAAAAGAAGAAAACGAAGACGAAUAAGAGGAAGAAGCAGGAUCGCUUUACAAAAGCGAGUGCUAAUACUGUUCCUAAUAUGAGUAACAGUAAUAACAGUGAAUAUAAAUAUGUGUCGAGAAAAACUUGCGAACAAGAUGACUUGCAUCUGGUCAGCAAUAGUAGUAUAAGCGAUAAGGACAAUAUAAUACAAAGUAGUAGUAAUUAUUUCGAUGAGAAAUCAAAUAAGGAUGAUUUAAAGGAAAACAACGGUGAGGAACUUUAUUGUGAAAAAGAAAAGAGAGAAGAAGAUGGUGGAUUACUCAGGAGUAAUUGUUCUAAAAAAAAAUUUUACGAAAAGACUAUAUCCAGAAAAACCGAAAAUGGUAAGAUUUCCAAUAAUAGGAGGAGUUUUAAAGUGGGUACAAAAGUACGAAGAAAGAAAAAAGUAGAUGAGAAUAAGAAAGACACUUUUGCAGGGGAGAAUGACAAAUUUAAUUAUAAUAACAACAGGGGAAUUUCUAAAAAUGAAAAGAAAGGGCAAGUAUGGACAGUUAUAGAAACGGUAGAUACAAAGGAUGACAGUAAAUCACAGGGGAGAAAAAACGGUACGAGUGGCACCAAAUGGAGAGGAAAAAGGAGAAAGGGUAAAAAAGACGAAAUGAGCAAAAAAGUAAGAGUUGGCGGAAAAGGAAAAUCGGAAAAUGGAAGAAUGUUUUUUUCGAAAAAUAGUGAAAAGAGCAAUUCAUCCAAGAGAUUUAAGAGUCUAUCAAUAAGUGGAUACCUCCUUAGUGUUAAGAAGCUAGCUAAAAGGGAAGAAAUGAAAAACGAGAUGUCGUUGGGUUAUCUUCACAGUUGUAAAGUUACUGCCCAGGGUUACGAGAAGAGGCUUAGCAGAAAGAUGAAAAUUGGAAAGAAGCAGAGGAAGCAGAACUCAAGUGAUAAGGAUGGGGAAGAUGUUUACUCCCAUAAGAACAUAUACAGCAUUAGCCACAGGGGAAAUACGUACAAGGAGGGGAAAUGGAAUAUAAGAAGAUUUUUUUUCGGUAAAAAAAAAAAAAACAGCAGCGAAGGAAAGGUAAAUAAUGACAACACACGAAUAAAUAACCUGUUUGUGAAAUAUAAGUCAAGGUCUAUUAAAAAUACAAGUGUACAGAAGUUAUUAAAAAUUGAAAUAGAUGAUGAUAAAGAGGAAAAUAUCGAAAGGAUUAAAAAUUUGUUCAUAACAUUUAAUAGUAAUAAUAAAGAGAAAAAGAUAAAUAAUUAUAUUCACAACAUAUUUAAUUACACUUCCCCAUAUCCAAAUUUUAAUGUAUGUUAUAAGAAGAAAUUCGAAAUACUGGAUUAUAAAAUAAAGGUUGGCAGAAGUUUAUUAAAAGUAUUAUAUUCCUUUUAUUAUAGACAUAAUUUAUCCAUAUUUUAUAAGAUCUAUAAAAAAAUAGAAUAUAUAUAUACCUAUUUAAAUUUGUCUUUUUAUACAAAUUUGUUUACUACAAAUACGAAAGAAAUUAAUAGUGACAUAAAUAAAUAUUCACUCUUUUUAUUGGUAAAUUAUUUAAAAUAUCAUAUACAUAAUUCUGAUAAAUUAUUUAAUAGCUUUAUUGUAAAAAUUAUAAAUUUUUUAAAUCAUAAUGUACAUAAUAUAACCGAAUUUUUAUGUAUGCACCAUUUUGAAGAUUUACUUAAUAUUCUUAACCAGUAUAUAAUUACCAUUAAUAUAAAUAAUAAAUUAAGUAUAAACAAAUAUAACCUAUUUAAUUUGAGAAAAAAUAAAUUAAUAUAUGUACCUAUAUCAAAUGUUCUCUUCUUACACUGUAAUAAAUUUAGCUUAAAUGACAUUAUCAAAAUAUUGUACAGUUACCCUCAGUAUAGCCUUUUUUUAAAAAGUAUAGCUGUAAACAAUUUAGUAUACCUAUAUAAGAAGAGUACUAUAACGAAUGCAAUGUAUUUACAACUCUUUGAAUUUUUAAAAGUUGAUAUGGGAAAUAGAAUUUUUUUUUUUAUUAUAUUCUUUUCCUUUCACUCCUUUCGAUUUUUAUAUCAAUUCUUUCUCAAUAUGCACACAUAUAUUGAAGAUGAAUACUUAACUCAUUUAACGUAUUGUGAAAUGUUAAAUAAUGGAAAAGAGGGGUGUGUAGUAGCUUUUCCGAACGGCAAUAACAAUAUCUGUAACAGUAACAAUAUCAGUAAUAAUAAAAAUAACUACAACAAUAACAGCGUGCUAAGUGUGUUUGAGGAUAAUAUUGAAAAUUGCUUACUAUUUAAGAAGGAAUUAUUUGCCAAGAAGACAAACCCUUUUAAAGAUUUUUUACUCCUGUGGACGAAGAAGAAAAAUAAUAACGUCUCUCACUCAACCUCUUCCUCAUCAUCCACCUCUUCCUUCACUUCAUCCAUGGACAAUAAUAAUAAAAAUAGGAAAAAAAGAAUUACCAAAAAUUAUUUAAAUAUUAAUAAUUUUAUUUUUCAUAAGUACCAUAAUUAUGUAAAGAAAACACACGUUCUAUCUCUAAAGUGUUCUCUUAUUAAAAAAUUAUUUUUACAAAAUUUGUGCCAUAAGAAUAGAAGUGCACUAUUAGAAUCAUGCCGUUUUCAUAAUACUAUUUUCUGCAUGAGUCAGGAAGCUUCUCAGUUUGAUAAAAAGAUACAGCUAGAUUUUGUACGCAUGGAAAUUCAAAAUUUGCUAAAUAAUAUUAAUAUCAAAAAAUUAAAAUUAUUAACAAGCAAUAAUAUUGUAUCUCAUGUCUCAGAUGAUAUAAAAAUUCUAAUGUCUGCAACAAGGUCCCCCAUUUUUUUGAGCUUUAAGAGUAUGAAGCAAAAUGUGAAGAAAAAUUUAUACCUUCAUUCUCUUUUAACCAGGUAUGCAAUAAGGAGUAGGAGCAGGGUAUCUGCUGAUGAUACGAAGUCAAUUCUGAGUUUGAAUACCCACGAUGGGGUAUAUAACAGUGCAUGUCUUAUGAGCAGUAACACUGUGAGGAAAAACAGUAUAGAGGGAGGAGGGAAUAUUGUACAGGGAGAUAUGGUCAUCAACAACUCCUUCACGAGUAUUGCCAAUUUUUGUAGUAAUGACGAGCAUUCGAGUAGUAAAGGUGCUUCCAAUGUACAUGAACAAAGGAAUGAUGGAUUCGUAUUACCGCGAGCAGAAGAACACACAAUAGAUGCAGUUCAAAGAAGUAAAACGAGUGCACAUUAUAGUGAAAGAGGAAAAAUAAGUUCAGCGAUUGAUGCAAAAAUUGCUCGUAUGAACAAAAAUAUUCCCUCCUUGCGUGUAUAUGAUAAAUCGCUAAUUCAUCGCAAUUUUUACAAAACGAAAAAAGAAGAUAAUGAAAGAGGUGAAGAUGAAGUGGGAGAAGUAUACAAAGCGGACGAAGUGAAGGGGAAGAAAAAACAAAAUAGAACGAACAAUUCGAAUAAAAAAUAUGAGGAUGUAUCUUAUAUUUACAAAGUAAAUGAUGACGUGAGGCAAGACAAGUUGGUUAUUCAAAUAAUUUACAUAUUUAUUCACAUACUAAGUGACUAUAAGUUGUUUUAUAAUUUAUUUCCAUAUAACAUUGUAACAAAUAAAUAUUUCAAUGUGUACGCAAAUGAAAAAGAGGAUAAUAGUGCACAUAAGAAAAUAACAUUCAUUAAAAGGGAAAGGAAAAAACAAUCAAAUGAAGAUAUUUCUAAUGUAAACAAAGAAACGGACGGGAAGAGAAAAUUCUCCUUCUCCUUCCACCUAUUUAAGAAAGCAAAAAAGAAGCAAACAAGAAAAAAGGAUGAAAAACAAAAUAAAAGUUGCUCAUGUAGAAGUAGCAGUAAAGAGAAGGAAAAAAGUAAGAACAAAAAGGAUUUGUUUCAUCAUAUUGCGGAAACUGAAAUUAGAGAUAAGGACGGAAUAAGGGAAGAUAGUGAAAAAAAAUAUCCUUAUUCUUCUGAACACUUUCAGAAUAACUUGAACUUGUAUAUCCAGGAAUAUCAUAGUACUACAAAUACGAAAAGUUUAAGCGUUUUUAGUAAAAAAAAGAAAAAGAAGAAAAAGAAAAAAUUUGAAAAUUUUGGUGCAGUCAUUGAAGUAUUAGCAAAUACAAAAAGUAGACAUGAAAUAGGAAGGAAAUAUCAAAACAUAAUCAAGUUUUAUCAUCUAAAAUUUUCGAAUAUUAAUACAUAUAUUUAUGCUUUGAAAAAUUUUAUUUGUUCCUUGGCUGCCUAUUCCUUGUUAUCUUUUAUUUUGCAAGUAAAGGAUCGGCAUAACGGUAACUUGUUGUUUGACGAGUAUGGCAAUAUUAUUCACAUUGAUUUUGGCUAUAUCUUGAAUAUUUAUCCAGGUAUCUCCAUAAACUUCGAGCUUGCUCCUUUUAAGCUAACUCGAGAAAUGAUUACGCUUUUAACCAUGAAGAGUCAGAAGAAGCAAUAUUUCAUUUUUACCUACAUUCAGCUGGUAGUUAAAGGGGAAAAGAGUGACUGGCUAAUUUCCUCCAUACUGAGCUUAUCGCACUCAGACAUAAACUGUUUCAAGUACAACACAGUUGAAAAGUUAAAGAAGCGAUUAAAAUUAAACAAAAGUGACAACGAUGCGAGUAUUUUUAUGAUAAAUAAGAUACAUCAAGCUUACAACAACAUAACAACAAUUAUGUAUGACUAUAUUCAGAACAUCCAGCAAGGGAUUCAAUAA